AUGGAAGGACUACGCUUCGCUACUUUUCUUUCUGCCCUGUUAGCCGUUGCCAUAGGUUACCAGUAUGAGACUCGUUAUUUUACGACAAAGGUGGACCACUUCAGCUACGCUAACAAUGAUACAUUCGAGGUGCGCUACCUGAUCGCUGACCAGCACUGGAAUUCCGCGCGCGGUGGACCCAUCUUUAUGUACACUGGAAACGAAGGAGGCAUCGAGCACUUCGCUGAAAACACGGGCGUGAUGUGGGACUGGGCCCCUGAAUUCGAAGCCCUCCUCGUCUUCGCCGAGCAUCGCUAUUACGGAAAGUCUAUGCCUUACGGAAAUCGCUCAUAUGAGGAUCUCAAGCACCUGGGCUACCUGACGGUCGAGCAGACGCUAGCAGAUUAUGCCGAUCUGGUGGCGCACCUCAAGGCUACACUUCCAGGAGCCGCUCAAAGCCCCGUCAUCUCUUUCGGUGGCUCUUACGGUGGCAUGCUGGCAGCGUGGUUCAGGAUGAAAUAUCCCCACGUAACCAUUGCAGCCUUAACAUCCGGCGCUCCAGUGUUGCAGUUCCAAGGUCUGACCGAGUGCGGUGUCUUCGACCGUGUACUGACCAAGGCGUUCCAGAGUGCGUCGAGCGCGUGCACCUCGGCAAUCAGAAAGUCGUGGGAUGUUAUGGAGCACAUGGCUUCUACAGAUAAAGGGGCUCAAGAGCUCGGCCAGGUCUUCAAGAUGUGCCAUGUCCUAAGUCCCAGCAUCUACACAGUGUUCCGAUCCUGGGUGUAUAACAUUUACGUCAUGAUGUCCAUGAUGAACUAUCCUUACCCGACAAACUUCGUCGUCCCCGUGCCGGCAUACCCUGUUCGGGCUGCUUGCAAGUAUCUGGACGCUGCGCAAAGCGACAACCGAACCCUGGUGGAAGGAGUAUACAAGGCGAUCAGUAUUUUCACGAACUACACUGGGAGCCUAAACUGCCACGAGACCAGUGGACUCACCGGCAAUCUGGGAGGUGAUGCUGGUUGGGGUUUCCAGUCAUGCACCGAGCUGGUGGCGCCAAAGUGCUCGGACGGUGUGCACGACAUGUUCUUCCCCUCUGCAUGGAACCUCACCGUCUAUAGUGAGGGAUGUCGGCAGACACACGGAGUCACUCCCGACGUCAACAAGAUGAUCAAGAACUACGGAGGAAGAGAUAUCCUGUCAGCUUCCAACAUCAUAUUUAGCAACGGCGACUUGGACCCUUGGUCGGCAGGUGGAUUCCUCGAGUCCGUCUCCGACUCCUUGGUGGCCCUGGUGGUUGAAGGCGGUGCCCAUCAUGAUGAACUGCGAGCGGAACAUCCGAACGAUUCAGAUUCCGUGCGAACAGUUCGGGCAAAGGAAAAGGAAUACAUAAGGCUAUGGCUUCAUCAACACAGACGGGGGACGUGAUAAGAACGCAGCAACCCCGAAAAAUACAAACAAAGAAACAAAUGAACAGCUAUUGUAACAGCUAUGUUCCUAUUGUAAACAGCUAUUGUAACAGCU